AUGGCACCCCAACAGAGCCACGAAAACGUCGGAUACCCGAAGCUCCUUAACAAGAGCAAUGAUGCUGCCGCUACCAUAAGCACACCUAUUAAGCCGCUGCAUGGUCCACAAACCAACUGCACGGAACAAAUGAUGAUCUGGCAAUGGGACGAAGCAACGGGCUGGGAGGCUCCUGAAAUUCGACCUUAUGGACCGCUUCCUAUCAUGCCCAGCGCCAGUGUUCUCCAAUAUGCAACAGAAUGCUUCGAAGGUAUUAAGAUUUAUCGGGGAUACGACGACCGAUUGCGUGUUUUCAGACUGCAGCUUAAUUGCGAGCGGAUGCUAAAGUCUUCUCUUCGCGUUGGGCUGCCUUCAUUCGAUACAGCUCAUCUCGAAUCUAUCAUCAUGCAAUAUGGGGCGCUUCAAGCUGAAAAAUGGCUACCCAGUGGACAAACAGGCCAAACUCUAUAUCUACGACCAACACACAUAGGAACAACAGCUGCCCUUGGCGUGCAAAAGCCCCGGCAGUCUUUGAUAUACAUCAUUGCAACACUGCUCCCAGGAUUCUCCACCAAAGGCAAUGGCAUGAGAUUGCUGACUUCCCCAGCUGACGCCGCCCGAGCCUGGCCUGGAGGAUUCGGAAACCGAAAGCUUGGAGGCAACUAUGGACCAACUCUACCUGCACAUGACGCGGCCCUUCAGGCUGGAUUUGACCAAGUGCUGUGGUUAUUUGGGCCUGAGGGGUUUGUUACUGAAGCAGGCGCGAGUAACUUUUUUGUUGUCUGGAAGACGAAGCAAGGUGAUGUUGAACUUGUCACUGCGGGUCUGGACAAUGGGACAAUAUUAGAAGGCGUGACGCGCUACAGCGUCCUGGAUUUGGUACGAUCCAAUCGUGACCAACAGUCUAUGUGGCAGCACAAUGGGAAACCACUCCCUCCUUUGACCGCAGUUGAAAGGGACUUCUCUAUAGAUGAGAUACAGGAUGCAGUGGAGGAAGGCCGACUAAUUGAGGCAUUUGCAGCAGGAACUGCAUAUUUUAUUGCGCCAGCUGAGAUUAUUCACCAUCGGGGAAAGGAUAUUCGCAUUCCUCUUCCAUCCGCUGAGUCAGCAUCGUAUGCUCAACUAAUUAAACGGUGGCUAUCGGAUAUCGUAUUUGGGGUGCAAGAUUCUCAGAAUUGGACUCGAGAGAUUUAA